AUGCUUGGGCCCGACUCAUCAGAUAUUCUCGAGGAUCCUACCUCUCUCAUUGUGGAGGCGAAAGGAACGGGGCAUGCCUUGCUCUCUUUUGUUGACGGAUUCUCAGGGUACAACCAGAUCUCUGUGGCACCCGAGGACCAAGAGAAAACUACAUUUGUCACAGAGUGGGGCACUUAUUGCUAUGUGAAGAUGCCAUUUGGGUUGAAGAACGCCGGAUCUGAGUACGAGGCUUGCAUUGUCGGAAUGGAACCUGCUAUGGCUUUAGGGGUCGAGAAGCUCGAAGUAAUUGGAGAUUCAAACUUGAUGGUCUCCCAAGCCAAUAGAGAUUGGAAGGCGUUAAGCUGCGGCCGAUUGUGA